CUUUUUCUCUGUCAUCCCAUUCACCUUCUCUACCUGGUUUUUUGUUUUAAAAUGGAGUUUCCAACUUCCAACAAGAGGAAUUGGAGAUGACCUUUUCACCUUCAACAUUAAAGCAAUCCUCUUGUCACCACCCUCCUUGACCUGUCACUGUUAACCCACUCCCAACUGGACCCGAAAACCCUACUCCUGUAAUUGCUCAUACAACCCGUUUUAUUAACCUGCCAUGGAAACAGAUGGUUCUUACAGAGUUUUUCUUCUUUUUAUCUGUCUUGAUAAGAUCACCACUUCUUAGAUUCGUUGUCUUGUAAAGGAAAUUAACAUGGGUCUUCGUUGAUACGACAAAAUGGGAGAAGAAGAUAGACCGGGAGAAGAUCAAAACUCGCCGGAAUCAUUCACCGGAAAAUCCAGUCUCAGGAAAGUCACGGAGGUUAUUUCUUCUUUGAUCUCUCUUUCUCAUUUAGUCAAAGUAUUUGCUGUCAAGUGGCAACUCAUAAGAAACAGGUUAGAAGAGCUAAACUCUGGUUUAGUCGCCAUUGAGAACUGUGAUUGCCUCGAGAAUCCGGCUGUUUCCGGCCUCGUUCCUGACAUUUUGGUCACAGUAAAUGAGUGCUACGAUCUUGCGAGAAGAUGCGUGGAUCUUUCUUACAGUGGGAAGCUGUUGAUGCAGAGUGAUUUAGAUGUGGUGUCAGCUAAAUUUGACCGCCAUGUAAAGAAUCUCUCUGGGAUUUACACGGCUGGGAUUUUGACUCAUGGGUUUGCCAUUGUUGUUUCUAGGCCUGGUCUUGGUGCCUGCAAAGAUGACAUGAGGUUUUAUGUAAGAGAUUUAUUGACAAGAAUGAAGAUUGGGGAUACUGAAAUGAAGAGGCAAGCACUGGUUAAUUUGCACGAAGUUGUGGUAGAAGAUGACAAGUAUGUAAAAAUGAUUGUUGAGAUUGGUGACAUAGUGAAUUUAUUGGUCAGUUUUCUUGAUUCAACAGAGGUGGAAAUUCAACAAGAGGCUGCCAAAGUGCUGUCUUUGAUUUCUGGGUUUGAUUUGUAUAAGGGUGUUUUAGUUGGAGCGGGGAUUAUUGGGCCUCUGGUUAGGAUUUUAGAGGGCGGAAGUGAACUGGGUAGGGAAGGAGCAGCCAGGUGUUUGCAGAAACUCACUUUGAAUUCAGACAAUGCGUGGUCUCUCUCUGCUCAUGGUGGGGUAACUGCUUUGUUGAAGAUAUGCUCUAAUGGUGAAUCUAGUGGAGAAUUGCUUGUGUCUGCUUGUGGGGUACUGAAAAAUCUUGUGGGUGUUGAAGAAAUCAAGAGAUUUAUGGUUGAAGAAGGUGCAAUCUCAACCUUUAUCAAGCUUGCAAGAUCAAAAGAUGAAACUGUCCAGGUCAAUUCAAUAGAAUUCCUUCAAAAUAUUGCUUCUGGUGAUGACACAAUUCGUCAAAUGGUGGUUAAAGAUGGAGGUUGCAGAGCAUUAGUCCGUACUUUGGAUCCAAAAUCAAUCUUAUCUUCCAAAACCAGGGAGACAGCAUUGAGAGCUAUCGAGAACUUGUGUUUCUCUUCAACCUCUAGCAUAAAUCUUUUGAUGAGUUAUGGUUUUAUGGAUCAGCUGCUUUUCUUGCUACGCAAUGGAGAUGUUUCAGUUCAAGAACUGGCAUUGAAGGUGGCAUCUAGGCUAUGUGGCACAUCUGAGGAGGUCAAAAAAACCAUGGGAGAUUCUGGUUUUAUGCAUGAAUUUGUUAGAUUUCUUGAUGCAAAAUCUUUUGAGGUGCGUGAAAUGGCAAGUGAGGCACUUUAUGGCAUGGUUUCGAUUCCAAAGAAUCGAAAAAGAUUUGCUCAAGAUGAUCGAAACAUUAGCUAUCUCCUCCAGUUUCUGGAUCAAGAAGAGGGAAACUCAGGUAACAAAAAGCUCCUAAUCUCUAUAUUAAUGUCAUUAACAAGCUGCAAUAGUGCAAGAAGAAAGAUUGCAACCUCUGGUUAUCUUAAAAGCAUAGAAAAACUUGCAGAAGCUGAAGUUUCUGAUGCUAAGAGACUUGUCAGGAAGUUGUCUAAAAACAAAUUCCGUAGUAUGUUCAGUGGAAUCUGGCAUUGAUGAAUCUUCUUUUUUUUGUUAUUUACUGUAUAUUUACAGAUUAAUUGUUUUACUAGUCUCCUUUGCUUCUAAAUAUCAUAUAUUUUCCCCUUUUCCCCUCUUGUUCUCUCUUGGUUUCCCUUUACCAAAAACAGCUUUAGAGCAACUACUCCCUAUUUUGUAACCAGAAGUAGAGAUAUCUAAUAAAAGCUGUUAUUUAAAGAUUGA